AUGAGCCUCUCCGUGAGUCUGGAUGACGCACAGAAGGCAGACUAUGCGCGUGCCCUUGGCGUGGAGCCGGAGAGGGAAGUCCUGCUUUUCGAUGUUGUACAGCGCAUGCUGGCUUUUCCCCUCCCUGAGCCCUGGCGACAGUGCCUUGAUGAUCAGUGGAGGGUCUACUUCUACAACGAGCGGACAAAGAUUCCGUCGUGGUCCCACCCUCUGCUCCGUGCGCACCACGCCAUCAUCAAGGCAUACCGCUGGGUGGACUCUUUCCCCGAGUCGCAGCGCAGCGACGCCGCGGAGAAACAGCUUCAGGCGCUGGCGGUGCAAGCAGAGGCGGAGCUCCAGAAUUGGAGAGAGGUGGGGGCUCCAAAUGGCAGGUCCUACUACUUCCACAUUGAGACGCGCCAGACGACCUGGGACAACCCUUACGACAUCGUUCGGGCAGAGCUGGACCUGGAGGCUGCAACUGGGAUGGAUGGGGACGAGGAUCACGUGGAGCGGGAGGAGGUAUUAGUCGUUGUAGCCGUCGUCGUCAUUGACAGAGCCGCGCUGGUUUGGCAGUGCGUUGACCUGGCUUUCUUGACCCCUGCUCCGGAGUCUGCGGCCACAAGGCGUCACUUGGCUGCCGGCCUGGCCUCUGGUCUGGCUGGCCUGGUCGGCUUAGACUCUGCACAGGCCUACGAGCUCCCGGAUCUGCCCUAUGCCUACGAUGCGUUGGAGCCUUCCAUCGACAAGGCGACUAUGGAGUUUCACCAUGACAAGCAUCACCUGACCUACGUGACGAACAUCAACAAGGCCCUGGAGGGGAAGACCCAGCCUCCCCUCGUCGAGCUGCAGAAGACGGCCAUCAAGGACGGCGCGGCGUUCCGCAACAGCGGCGGCGGCGCUUACAACCACAACUUCUUCUGGCUGGAGAUGGCACCCACCGGCAAGGGUGGUGCACCUUCCGACAAGCUGGCAAAGGCCAUCGACGAGUCCUUUGGCUCCCUCGACGACUUCAAGGCCCAGUUCGAGGCGGCCGGUGCUCCGGGUGCCCGUUUCGGCUCCGGCUGGGUGUGGCUGGUGGUCACCGAUGACAAGAAGCUGGCGAUCACGUCUACCCCGAACCAGGACAACCCACUCAUGGAUGGAGUGGACGGCACCGCCGGCAUCCCAAUCUUGGGAUGCGAUGUCUGGGAGCACGCUUACUACCUGAAGUACCAGUACCGUCGCCCGGACUACAUCAAGGCAUGGUGGGAUGUGGUCAACUGGAACCAGGUCAGCGCAUGGUACGAGGAUGCGCUCGGCGGAACUGCCCCCUCGGCAGACUCUGCCACUGCAACUGCGGCCUUGGCGGGACAGCGAAAGGCGCCGGCGUCCUUCAACCUCAAGCUCGGCUUCGAAGCCAGCGCGAAGUACGGCUCCUGA